AUGGGAUACACAUCUACGCUAAAAUUUGUUAACCUUGGUGUUAGGAGAAGAUUAUUCCGAAGAGCUCAUAAACAACCACAUCAUAAAUGGGACAGCAUAAAAAACCAACUAAAUGAGUUAUUAAAAUAUGGGAGAAUUGAAACUACAUUAACAAAAGCUAAGGAAUUACAAGGGUAUGCAGAAGAGUUAAUUUAUUUAGCUAAAAAAAAUAAUGCUGAAAAUAAUUUAAAAGUAGAAAGUAUGUUAAGAACAGCACAAGGAAGAAGAAAAUUAUAUGAAUAUUACGUUCCUUUAUAUCGAUAUAGACCUUUUUUUUUUACAAGAGUUAUUAAUCAGUGGAGACUAAGAUUAAGAGAUGCUGCACCUAUGGCAUUUAUUGAAUUUAUUGAUAGGCCAGGAGAAUUAAGACCAGCCAAACCGGUUGGAUAUGACAGAAUUAAAUAUAUAUAUGAGGAAAUGAAGAAAAAUAGAAGAAAUUUUAAACAGUAUUAUCACAUUGCAAAAAAAUUUAAUUUACUAGACGAAAAUGAUCAAUUAAUUUCGGAUUUAAGUAGUUUGAGACAUCUUACCAAGCAGGAUUUGGUAAAAGAGGAAAAAAAAAAAAAAAAAAAAAAAAUUGCCAUAUUUGUCAUAAUAUGUUUUAUCAAAUUGCUUUUCAUCAACCUACAUUUGUGGAAAGUGCCGUGUGUGUGUGUCCUUGAUGUUGAUAUAUAG